CCGAGAAGAACUUUGUACAUGUGCGUUGUUGUGUGUCAUUACGGUACAAUCCCACAGAGGGGUGUGUGUGUGUGUAUAGUGCACAGCAGGGAAGGCAUCACCGUGUUGUUUCCUCUCUACUGUUUUUUUUUUUUUUAAAUUAUUGUUGUUUUCCAGAAGAAGAAUGAGAGCGGAGCUGCGCGUGCACACGGCGGAGGAGAAAAGAUGAACGGCGCGCUGUACAUCUCGUUUUUUCAGGGCCAGCUGGAGUCUGCGCUGGAGCAGGUGGUGCAGCUCGCCGUCACCGAGAUCACAGACACGGUCGGGGCCAGUCUGAGCUCCAUGCUGCUGGAAACGGCCCGAAAGGAGCAGGAGAACCAGCGGCUCAGAACCUCCAUCCAGUCCCCGAGACGGGAAGAGGCAGCGCGCGGGGAGAGCGCGGAUCCCGAGCCCCAGCAUGGCGUCCCCAGGCCCGGCUCUCUCCCCGACCCUCUCCCCGACUCUCUCCGGCACGAGCAGAAAAGACGAGCCGUGGGUCAGCUAAAGCUGGUGAUGGAGCGUGUGCUGGAGUUUGCUGUGUGUGAGCUUAGUAAGAUUGUAGAAGACAGCUUCGACGAUGUUCUUCUGGAGCUCAGGAAGGCGGAGCGGGAGAGCGAGGAGUUGAUGGAGAAGUUACGUGCCGUGAAGGAGGAGAACGGAGCAGGUGACAUGAAGAUAAACGAGUCUCAGGGGGAGAUGGUGGAAUCUCCAAACGGCACUGAUGUGGUGAAGGUUGAGAAGAGACCGGAUGAGGAAGAACCAGGAAUGGGACAGACACAGAACACUGACGACUCCACCCCCGCGGCAGUGAUCAGCGUGUCUCAGGAUUGGGUUCCGGUGCUGGAUCAGGUGUUCGGUCAGAAGUGGUGUGCUGACAUUUGGCCCGUUAAAUUGGAGCAGCCGUGUCUCCCUUCUGAAGAACCGAUUAGGGACGACUUAGAACCACACAGGAAUGACGAGAGCCAAUCAGAUAGGCCGCAGUGGCUGCAGGAUGCUGAGGCCCUGACUGUGACCUUUGACCCUCAUCAGACCUCAGAGACAAGCAUGAAGGGAGAUGACGUCCAGUUAAAAUCCCCCUCGAUGCUCCACCGGCUCCUCACGCUCCCGUCUCAGCUGUUAGACGGCGACGACGAGUCGAUGGAGUCUGAGGAGAGUCUGAUGAACGCCAUCACCUUGCUGCACGGCACUCGGACGCCUCAUCACGACACCGCCACAGCGGAUGAUCACAAUGGCGGCGAAGACCCCGAGGACCAGAAGGAGGAGGAGGUCCAGAAAGAAGAAGAAGAAGAAGAAGAAGAAGCCAAGCCGAGGUCUUGCAGAAGUGGGAGGAAGAACCACGCGUGUAAAACCUGCGGCAGGAAGUUCAACCGAGCUCACCUUCUGAAAACGCACCGGCUCACACACAAGGACCCUCGCUCACCGCUCUCCAAACUACACGCCCACACGUGCACGAAUUCGGGGAAAAACACAUGAGAGGACAUGUGCGCGUGAGAGAGAACACGAUGUGUUCACACGGAGAUUCCAGAAGUUUCCAAAACCAGGCAUGUGCUGAUAUUAUACCGUCAUAUCUCGAUCGUUCCCCAGCGUUUUAUCACAAUAUUACAACAGAAAUCCAACAACAUGGACGCGAACAACAAACUGUGUUCAGUAUCAUGACGUAUUGUUUAUUAAUGACGAUCGGCACACACCUAACAUCCUAAACUGAGUGUGUGAAGGUACAUCAAACAACGUAACGCGUGCGUGUGUGUGUGUGUGUUUUUAUAUAUAUAUAU